CACGACCGCGACCCUUGCCCGAACUGCCCAUCUACUAGGCACCUGCAAAACCACUUGUAGCUUCUUUGCCGAAUCCUACUCGCCACAUUCAGCUCUUCCGUCUUAGUCGCACCGGCUACCGCGCCAACCUCCCUCAUGACGGCCGUCGCGAGCCCGCCCACCUUCACCCAACACAACAGGCCGGCCUGGGGCGUGAACGGGAUGAACGGGGGUCACGCUGGUCAGAUUAUGAAUCCAGAUGAGGUCAACCGCGUGCUCAUGCCAAGAAAGAGCCUGCAGCGAAAUAACUCGUCAUCUUCCAUAUCAUCGACUUCGUCCGCAAGCUCCACCUCUACCGUUGCCACCUCGACCACGCCAUCCAACGGUUCUGCUCCAGGAUCCGCGGCUGGAGAUGUGGGCGCAUGGCCUAAUGCUGCUACUGCUGCACAACGCAAACGACCCCAGUCCAAGAGUCCCUGGCCGAAUCCUAAGCCUGAUUCUCAGACCGAUUUCGCUCGCAUGGCGGCUGCAAGACCCCAGUUGAUGAAUGGGCUUAACGGGUCUGGACCCUUACACGCAGCACCUCCUAUCGUACCCUCCCAAGGUCAAAUACCCGCCCAACAGACCAUGUCCCGGCCCAUGGUCGAAUCCUUACCUGUCGGCGGCAACCCCCCUGUUCUUUACCUCUUGUCACUCAACGGCACUUUUGAGCGCAAGACUAUAUCAGUACCGUUCGCUCCUGAUACUCUUCGGAUUGGUCGCCAAACGAAUGCGAAGACCGUGCCUACCCCAGUGAAUGGUUUUUUUGACAGCAAAGUGCUCUCCCGCCAACACGCUGAGAUAUGGGCGGAUCGCCAAGGGAAAAUAUGGAUUCGAGAUGUCAAGUCGUCCAACGGAACAUUUGUGAACGGCACGCGAUUAUCCCAAGAAAAUCGGGAAUCCGAUCCGCACGAGUUGCAAACAGGGGAUCAUUUAGAACUUGGUAUUGAUAUUGUGAGUGAGGACCAGAAGACUAUUGUUCAUCACAAGGUUGCCGCCAAGGUCGAACAUGCAGGAUACUACAGCGCCGCGAAUAAUCUGCUGGAUGUCAACUUUGGAGAUCUAGACCCUACGAAUGGUCCAAUGAUGAUGAUGGGUCCUCAAAACGCGGUGCCAUUACGUCAGCGAACUGGGAGUCAGUCAUCCAUAGCCAAUAAUGGACGCAUGGUCCAAGGAGGGCCGAUGAUGGGCCCCCAGACGAAUGGGAUGCCCCAUCAACGUGGCUUUUUCUUUUCACCUAUAAGUACGGAACAGAUUGUUAAGAAGCUCCAGAAUGAGAUGCGAAACGCUCGUCUUCAGUCUCAAGAUCUAGGAAGGACUGAUCAUUUCGUCCAUGCUUUACUUAGCAAAGAAGAUGUCAAGGAUAUCGAUAAGGCAGAUGUCCCCGAGCCUUCCAAACCUGUCGUCAAUGGCGGAGCUGUGUCAUUUAGGUCAGACAACAAGACUAGGUUCUCUGAUCCUCCUGCCCCCCCGCCACAACAACCGCUACCUGAGAAACCUGACCUGCCCGCAUUAAAACGAGGCAUCACUGAACGCGCUAAACCUCAUCCUCCAAACAUGUCACCAGUUCGCCAUGAAGGUAAUGGGAGCCAAAUCUUACAGCUGACAGAGGCUUUGAGCAACGCGAAGAAGGAGAUUGAAUCACAAACCACACGGGUGCGAGACUUAGAGGAAAUGCUUCAUCGGGAACGACAGGCUCGCGAGCUUGCAGAAGAUUUGGCUAGACGGCUAGAAAAACACCUUGAAGAGGCAUCAUCCGGUGUUGCUAAGGCGCCAUCCGGUGAUUUAGAAGCAGGAAAAACAUCACUCGAUUCGGCCUUUGAACCCCUUAGUGAAGAAAUCGACUCGGCAGAGGUCAAUGACACCCCUAUGUUGGACGCUGAUAAAGCCGCGCCACCAGAUGCCGGCGUGAUCGAGGCGUCUGCCACUCAGCUCCACGCUCAAAUAGAGUCAUUGGUACUAGAAAUCAAGGAUCUCCGACAAGAGCUUGAUAUCUUUAGGCGGCGAGCAGAGACGGCGGAAUCUGAGAGAGAUACACAGCGCAAGACUCUCGCAGAAAUGGCAUUACAGAUUCGACAAGAUGCUGAGGCAAGAGAACUUCUUGAAAAGGAAACCAUGCUCAAAGGCACACAAAGCAAAGAUGCGGUCGAGGAAAGCGAAGCAAUCGUUGGCUCAGAGGCAGUGAAUACAUCAUCACCAAGCUCUAGGCCAAGUCGGCGAGUGUCCGUGGAUUCUCCUGAUGAACCCGCCCUAUCACAGACUACCACGAUAACUCCGAUUGCAUCACAAGCACCCUCCGGAACCCUUGCGCCUAAUCAACUUUUCAUUAACAGCAUCCCAUAUACGUCAAUGAUAGGAGUGGUUCUAAUUGGUGUGGGUUUGAUGGCUUAUAUAAAUGGGUGGCAGCCUCAGCCACGACUGGAGAGGUGACCUAUGUUCCCCUCUCAUAAACGCCGUGGUUGUUGGACCGCUUGCCAUAUUAUUUAUUU